GUUCAGGCCCGUCUUUCUGGCUGGAAUGUUAUACUACUUCUAAGGUGGUCAUCCGACGACCAACGGACGAGCGCCAUAGCUGGAAGCAGCAUAGAAAUGGUAUUGUCACAGCAGAUGGAAGAGCUGGCAAAUGAGAUAUCCCAGCCUCCGAAGCGAGCUCGCAGUGCCACUCCGGAACCUCUUGAUGCACCGCCUGCCGCAAGACGAAGGCGAGGCGCCAAAGGCCAACAACAGCGUCACCAUGGUACCGGAACUGCGGUUCAACAUCCUCUGAAGUUUGCAGAUCUGCAUCGAGUGGUGUGCAACAGCGAGCAUGGCGACCAUUCACAUCACGAAGCUUCGGCACUCUACGCUGAUGCCCCUCAACUAUUCGCAGGCGACAAUAGAGCCAGUGCACUUCGGGCGGCGGACCGCUUCAAGAUCCACGACGAGGAGCACUUCCUCGAGGAUGCCGAUGUCGCUAUUUACCACACGUACGCUUGCCACAAGUAUCAAUCGGCCGUACGAGACCAAUUCGAAGGCUUCAUCCCACCGGAGCUGGAUCGACGGGUCUUCAGGGAGAAUCGGGCCUACUUCUUUAGCUUGCGCCAUGACAUCGAGAAAGCUAGGCCUGACGAUAUGUACAUCCGCGUCCUUUCUAACGAGGUCCACCUGGCUGUAUCUUCGGCAGCUUCGUUCGAUCCGAAUCUGGCGAAGGAAUGGGAUCAAGAAAGGAAUUUGCGGUAUCCGUUUCCGUUCUUCUUCCACCACCGUCAGCGCCUGAGAGCUGCUAUCGAGGACAUGCAAGAUCUCCGGUCUGGAAACUUAGUAUAUGGCCUUCUCUCAAAGGUUGAGCAUUUUUGUGAAGCCGAAUACCAGGAGGCCGACAGCUUGUUCGCAGCCGGUCUAGUCAAUCGAGAACAUUUCAACAAACUAUUUACCGACGGCGAAAUGAUCGUCACCCAUCAGCACGGGCAACCAUUGGCAUACCGACUUGAUGAUGCAGUGGUCAGCAGGGAAGCGACAGUCUUACGAUGUUCAUCAUGGACGUUCGAUGGUGUCUUCAAGAGGAAGCCAAAAACUCUCGUCGUUAGGACGCCUGGCUCAGAGGGCAGCAUCCCCAUUACGAGCUUAGAGGUAUUUCCAUUGCGCUUCAACGAAAAACUGAAAGCAGAACUCGUUGUGCGAGGUAGAACGUUUUGGAAUUGUCGACACAGAGCGCACAUCCUGUACCUGGCCCCGAGGCCACCGUUCGAAGCCCAGACGUCUCGACCUCGUUAUAUGAUCGACUACGAAACGUACCAAGCCCUUCAUGAUACCCCUGAACACGAUGACGCAGACACUGCGCCAGCGGAUAUUAUCCCAGUGGAUUCGACCGAGGAGCCGGACGAAGGAGUUCUGCUUUCACUGCCCGCCCAGAUUCGGGGCUUUGGAUUUCAUGACAAGAAGUGGAGGAUGCUGGACGUCAAGUACGUCGAGGCGAUCAAAUUCAACAAACAAGCAUUCAAAAGACUGCACCUCGACUCUGACAAAAAAGACCUCAUUCAGGCAUUGGUCACCGUACACACGAGCGUCAGCAAGACCGCCGAUGUAAUUGAAGGCAAGGGCAACGGCUUGAUAAUCCUUCUCCACGGCGGGCCAGGCACCGGCAAAACUCUCACAGCCGAAGCGGUGGCCGAACUUGCCGAAAAGCCGCUCUACCGUGUGACCUGCGGCGACAUGGGCGUCGACGCGGAGCGCGUGGAGAACUACCUCGAGGACGUCCUCCGCAUCGGCACCGUGUGGCAAUGCGUCGUGCUCCUCGACGAGGCCGACGUCUUCCUCGAGGAGCGCACGCACCAGGACAUCAAGCGCAACGCCUUGGUGUCCGUCUUCCUCCGCGUGCUCGAAUACUACGAGGGCAUCCUGAUCCUGACCACCAACCGCAUCGGCACUUUCGACGAGGCCUUCAAGUCGCGCAUCCAGCUGCCGGUCCACUACCCCGACCUCGACGAGACAGGUCGGAGGAUUAUAUGGCGGUCUGCCCUGAAUGACAUCCCGCCAGCGCCGCGAGACUUUGACCUUCAGAAUCUGCUAGAUCACAUCGACAAGCUCGCGACGUACCGGUUAAACGGGCGGCAAAUCCGCAGCAUCGUGAACAGCGCCAUGAAGUAUGCGCAUUUCAAGGAGGAGCCGUUGAGUUACCGUCACUUUGAGGUGGUGAUCCGAACCGUGAUGGAGUUUGAUCGGUACACGGUCGAGACACGCGGUCAGACAGAUUCGGAGUGGGCUGAGGCAGAAGGGUUGAGAAAGAGGCCGGGACUGUAGCGAGUACUAGCUAUCGCUGCAUUCCCCGGGGAGUUUGGCUGCUGUUAAAAGGAUUUUCGGACGGCCAAUCCUGGGAGAACAAUAGUACGUUGAAUUAGGCCCUUUUUAUGUGCAUGAAUACCUGGGAUCUCCCAGAUAACGAACCUAGACA